UUUCGUUUGCUUCGUGUAAAUUUUGUGAUGAGCAAGAUACAAAUCCAUCUAUUUACUAAGGAAUAUGGUUUUUAUCAAUAGAUAAUGAUUACUUUUGUUGUACAUUUAACCUGGAAUUGAUAAAAGUUAUAGGAGUUUGUACAGUUGUUAAAUUAAUAAAAUAAUGGAGGAUCUCAACUUGACAGAAACCGAAACAAGAUAUUUCGGUGAUUUGUUUUUAUGUUGUGAUGAAGAAUCUAAUGGGAAAAUACCAAUUUUAAAAGCAACAGAACUAUUUAGAUCGUCGAACAUAUCCAAUGAUAUUCUGAAACAGAUCAUGGAUAUAAGCGUGUCUCCUAACAACUGUGCAACAUUAAAUCAUAUGAACAGGAAGCAAUUUUACUCGGCACUUAAAUUAAUAGCUGCACAUCAAACUAACAUAGCACUAAAACCUGAUCUUUUAUCAACUCCUAUUGAUCUUCCACUGCCGAGGUUCACGUGGGCACUUAACUCAGAAGCUAAUUCUGAUUUAAUACAGCUAUCUAAUUCUCCUAAAGAGCAUCACAUAUCAAAACGUGAAAGAAAUUUUGUUGGAAAUAUUAGUGCUUAUGAACCAAUAAGACUAUCUUCUAAUCUGUCUGAUAGUGAUGUUCCGCAGACAUUGUCUCAUGAUGGGAAUGAAGCACUCAGUACUGAUUCUGAAAUUGAGUCGGAAACAAUGUCACAAAGAUCUGGAUCGCGUGGUCGGAGAGUGAAAACUGGGUCACCCUGGAGCACAGCGAGUGAAAGCCCAACCCCAACCAACAGCGUUGCCGAAAGAGUACACCCAGUUUGGGAACAUAGUGCCACCGGUCGAGGAGUUUGGCCUACAAAUACAGCUGAAGAACACACAAGACUUUUAGGCACAGAAGAAGAAUCGUCCGAUCGUCAUUCAUCUGAAGAGGAUGGCGAGGGAGAUACUUGCAAUGACAUCUGGUCUAUUAGUGAAGCGCAGGCGCAUCACUACGCGUCACAAUUCUCACAAUUGCGACCCGAACGAGGACUUCUGUCCGGACAAACUGCAAGGCUAUUUUUCGAGAAAUCAAGACUUCCCGUACCCGAUUUAAGAAAAAUUUGGCAACUAUCCGACAUCGAUAAAGAUGGAAUGCUUUCAUUAGAGGAGUUCAGCAUAGCCAUGCAUCUCAUUGUAUUGCGGCGGAACAAUAUUCCGGUACCGGAGAUGCUACCCCCACCGCUCGUACCAAAGGUCGAUUCGCGCUUCUCACAACGCGUCGUCACUACCGACCUCGUUGACCUCGGCGCCGAGAUGUUCGGCUCGGGGACUUCAGCGGACUUCAAUUUCGCACCGAAAUCGGACAGUGGCGCUGAUCCGUACGAUGCGAAAACGAGUCGCCGGCCUGAGGAGCGCCAUCCGUCGGCUUCGCCUCCAAAGGCGGACGCGCAACCGAACAAAGAGUGGACGAAGUUCGUCGACUCUCCUACAUCCAGCGUUUCGAGUCCCGGUCCGAAACCAGUGAACUUUGACUUCCAGCGCGCCGCCGUCGAACGAGAUCCGAAAAUUUUUCAUCCGGUCGCACUGCGGGUUACCCCGGAAGCUUCAGCCGGCGACGGGGACUCCCGCGCCUCCGCCUCCCCGCGGCGGGACGACGUUGCGCUCGCUUUUGAGCUCGCCAGCCCCAAGCGUCCUGCCGAAACAAACGCUUCCGCCGCCGAUACCCGGCCUGUGCAGAGACCCCAACCACGAAAACCAGUGAAAGGGACGGGAGCUCUGCCCCCUCCUCCGACUCGCGAACCUAUCGUCGCAGCAGACGAGGGGCCCGCUUCGUUGCAACCGUUGCCACGCAAAGAACCGCCGCCACCGCCGCCGCCGCGUCCGCUCCGCAACCACGCACGCUCUAGUUCGCUGGACCUCACGCGUCUCAAGGGUGCACCUCCGCAGCCGCCGCCGAGGGACCCGCCCGCCGACGUACCGCCCGAGUACGAAGCCGAGGGGUUCGGGUACAAUCGGGAGGACGCGGCGCGUUCCCAGGGUGCCUUCGAGGUUUACCGGCGUGCCUCUCGUGAGCCCUCUGCGGACACGGAGCCGGAUGUGAAGGCGCUGCAGGAGCAGAACGCCGUGCUGCACCGCGUGUGCCGCGCGCUCAUUGCCGAGCUGGCGGACGUGCAAAGGGACCGCGAGCUAUUAAGGGUGCGUCUCCACCCACGCUCCCCACCGCUCUAGUCGAAGAGCCUCUUUCGUGCAGACGGUGGAUGUUUUUCAGCGCUCUCCGCCGCUUAUUAGCUUCCUCUGUCCGGUUGAUGUUCAACCGCACGCCCCACUGCCGUAAUUGAGGAGCCUCCCCCGUGCGGUCGGUUAAUAUACACCCGCCCACCCCGCCACUGUAGUUGAGGAGCAUCCCGUGCGGUCGGUUGACGUCCAACCGCAUGCCCCAUUACUGUUAUUGAGGAGCCUCCCCCGUGCGGUCUGUUGAUAUCUACCCGCGCACUCCGCCACUGUAGUUACGGAGCCUCCUCCGGGCGGUCGGUUGAUGUCCAUCCGCGCGCCCCACCAUUGUAGUUUAAGAGCCUCCUGCGUGCAGCCGUUAAGUCUCUAACCGCGAUCCCCAUCGCUCUAGUCGAAGAGCCUCCUACGUGCGGUCGGUGGAUCCACCAGUCGCGCUUUUCACCGCUCUAGUCUGGGGCCUCCACGGAUUCGAUGGGAGUUGGUUUUUUUUAAACGUGCGCGGAAAUUUACAAACAAAGCGAAUGUUGUUGCAUUUAGUAUUUUAUAUUGCCUCGAACCGGCAUCUUCACCGUCGUGUUUCCCUUCAAAAGACCCCGACGGAUGGUUGUAUUAAUGAAACGACACGACACGAAUAAUGCUUUUUCAAAAAAAAAAAAAAACACUCAAAAUGAAACGUCGUCGUGUAUGUACAUUUUAAUAAUUGUUAAAUUUAGAGGCUAUAUUAAUAACUUCAUUAUUCUAUGCGUUGUAAUCAUCUAGAUUAUUCUAGAUCAUUCAUUUUUCUCAUUCAUUAACGUACUAAGACGGGUGCCGUUUAUAUUUAAAAUAUUUACCGCCACGCCGACGCCAUAAAUUCAUUAUGUACGUACAUAGAAGUGAAUUGAAAUUAAUUUUGAUUUGAUUAAAGGUCAUUCUGUGUGCCAAUGUUCAAAAACAGUUUCAUCAGAUCCGUAGAGUUAGCGCAGAUGACGCGACGCUUGUGAGCAUUCCUUAUUUUUCAUUCGCUUCGUCAUUCAUUGUGAUAAUGAACUAACACAAAUAGAAUAUUUUAUAUUCCCUGUGAACAUUGUAUUAUAUGUAUCGGUUUAGUGUAGUGUAAAAAGCAUCUGGUGUUUUAUUUAAGUGAAAAAAAUAUAAAUUCAUAGAGAUUUUUCAUUUACUCGUGACGUUUUCGAUAUCGGCAUUUUAACGUUUUUAAAGUGAUUAAUAUACAUUAAAAAUGUCGAAAGAAUCUUGUAUUAUAUAAUAUGAAAAGAGUAUUCAGUUUUUUUUAUCCCUUUCUGUGAGUCCUGUAGUUAGGAAACUGGUCACAUUGUAAAUAUAAUAUGUAUUUGGUUUAUCAAUCGAGAUGCGUCUGUCGAAGCUAAAUAACCCACAGAUCAUUUAUAUCGAUUUAAAUUUUGGUCCAAUUUUUGUACUGUUUUAUUGUUCACCAUAUUAACCUAUUUAUGUUUAUUAAAACAAAUUUACUGUACUGCUUUUUAAAAUAUUAUU